AGUCACGUGGUGCUGCACCUCCCCGGCGCGCGCCCGCCCGCCCGCUCGCCCCCGGUCCCCGGCUCCUCCUCCUCUUCUCGCCAUUGCAGUUGGGACUGAAGCAGCCCCGGCGAAAACCGCGUGGCUUUUUUUUUUUUUUUUUGAGGGGGGGGUUGUGAAGACUCCGGAAGGCUGGUGGCAGGAGGGCGGCGGCGCCUGAGGUCGAAGGACGUGAACGCCGACAAGAUAGUUGAAGUAUUGGUAACACCAAGGAACUGUCACAAUUUGAAAAGAUAAGCCAAGACUGAUUUCCAGACACUACAAGAAAAAAGGAGGGGAAAAUGGCAUUGUAUCAUCAUCACUUCAUCACAAGAAGAAGAAGGCGUCCCAUGAGAAUUUUUGUGAAUGAUGACCGCCAUGUGAUGGCGAAGCAUUCUUCAGUGUACCCAACACAAGAGGAGCUGGAGGCCGUACAGAACAUGGUGUCCCACACUGAGCGGGCCCUCAAGGCUGUCUCUGACUGGAUUGAUGAGCAGGAGAAAGGCAACAGCGAGCUCUCUGAGGCAGAAAAUAUGGACACGCCCCCAGAUGAUGAGAGCAAAGAAGGGGCUGGGGAACAGAAGGCGGAACACAUGACUAGGACCCUGAGGGGCGUGAUGCGGGUCGGCCUGGUAGCCAAGGGUCUUCUGCUCAAGGGGGACUUGGAUCUGGAGCUGGUUCUGCUCUGUAAGGAGAAGCCCACAACUGCCCUUCUGGACAAGGUGGCUGACAACCUGGCCAUCCAGCUCACUACUGUAACAGAAGACAAGUAUGAAAUACUCCAGUCUGUGGAUGAUGCUGCGAUUGUGAUAAAAAACACAAAAGAGCCCCCCUUGUCCUUGACCAUCCAUCUGACCUCCCCUGUUGUCAGAGAAGAAAUGGAGAAAGUAUUAGCUGGAGAAACGCUAUCAGUCAACGACCCCCCGGAUGUUCUGGACAGGCAGAAAUGCCUUGCUGCCUUGGCGUCCCUCCGACACGCCAAGUGGUUCCAGGCCAGAGCCAAUGGGCUGAAGUCAUGUGUCAUUGUCAUCCGUGUCCUAAGGGACCUGUGUACUCGAGUACCCACCUGGGGUCCCCUCAGAGGAUGGCCUCUGGAGCUGCUGUGUGAGAAGUCCAUCGGCACUGCCAAUAGGCCAAUGGGUGCCGGUGAAGCCCUGCGGAGAGUGCUGGAGUGCCUGGCAUCCGGCAUCGUAAUGCCAGAUGGUUCUGGCAUUUAUGACCCUUGUGAAAAAGAAGCCACUGAUGCUAUUGGGCAUCUAGACAGACAGCAACGGGAAGAUAUCACACAGAGUGCGCAGCAUGCUCUGCGGCUUGCUGCCUUUGGUCAACUCCAUAAAGUAUUGGGAAUGGACCCACUGCCUUCCAAAAUGCCCAAGAAACCAAAGAACGAGAACCCGGUGGACUACACUGUUCAAAUCCCCCCCAGCACCACCUACGCCAUCACACCCAUGAAACGCCCCAUGGAAGAGGAUGGGGAGGAGAAGUCUCCCAGCAAAAAGAAAAAGAAGAUCCAGAAGAAAGAGGAGAAGGCUGAGCCUCCCCAAGCUAUGAAUGCCCUGAUGAGGUUAAACCAGCUGAAGCCAGGGCUGCAGUACAAGCUGAUCUCCCAGACGGGUCCUGUUCAUGCUCCCAUCUUCACCAUGUCUGUGGAGGUAGACGGUAGUACCUUUGAGGCCUCCGGGCCAUCUAAGAAGACCGCCAAGCUCCAUGUGGCCGUGAAGGUGUUACAGGACAUGGGCUUGCCAACAGGCGCUGAAGGCCGAGACUCCAGCAAGGGGGAGGACUCUGCUGAGGAGUCAGAUGGGAAGCCAGCAGUAGUGGCCCCACCCCCUGUGGUGGAAGCUGUCUCCAACCCCAGUUCUGUCUUCCCUUCAGAUGCCACUACUGAGCAGGGGCCGAUUUUGACUAAGCAUGGCAAGAACCCUGUUAUGGAGCUUAAUGAGAAGAGACGUGGCCUCAAAUAUGAGCUCAUCUCUGAGACAGGGGGCAGUCACGACAAACGGUUUGUUAUGGAGGUUGAGGUGGACGGACAGAAGUUUCAAGGUGCUGGUUCAAACAAAAAGGUGGCAAAGGCUUAUGCUGCACUGGCUGCAUUAGAAAAGCUUUUCCCUGAUGCCCCUCUUGCUCUUGAAGCCAACAAAAAGAAAAGAACCCCUGUACCUGUCCGAGGUGGACCCAAAUUUGCUGCCAAGCCACACAACCCUGGCUUUGGCAUGGGAGGCCCUAUGCAUAAUGAAGUGCCCCCACCUCCCAACAUCCGAGGUCGGGGCCGAGGAGGUAACAUCCGAGGUCGAGGACGGGGGCGAGGAUUUGGUGGCACCAACCAUGGAGGAGGCUACAUGAAUGCUGGUGCUGGAUAUGGAAGCUAUGGGUACAGCAGCAAUUCGGCCACAGCAGGCUACAGUGACUUUUUCACAGACUGCUACGGCUAUCAUGAUUUUGGGGCUUCCUAGAGCGUCUAAAAGUAUUGACACAAAAUCAACUUUUUACUCCAAUUUCCUCCAACUCCAAAACCCAAAGUGUCCGUGCUGUGUCCCUGUGCUUCACUGGGGUUCUCAACCGUGGCUUUCCACCGCAGCCUGGCUGAAACUGUUAGCCUGCAGACUUAAGACAAUGGCAGUUUCUUUCACGAAUUUGCCUUUGAACUUGGUCAUUUCGAAGUUCACACUAAGUGGAAAAACCCUUUUCUCAGAGAUUUUUUUUUGUUUGUGUGUGUGUGCAGCCUUGCACAGAAUUCUAGAGCCAGCGUUGUUCAGCAUCAAGGCAAAAGCCCAUCAUUGCUUUUUAUGGAAAGCAUUCUUUUAUUUAAAGAGACAGAUAAUGGCACGUUUUCAUCUACCUUUGUCUUAAUUUACAGCAGGUUUUGUAUGCAUUUUUAACCUUUUCAUAAAUAUCCACAUGUGGUUGAUGCCUUUGGCAGUGAUGAAAACUGUUUCAGCACAUCUGACUUUACAGCAGCUGGCUUUUUUCUUGCCUUUUUAUGAGCAUGUAAACCUCUGGGACGGCCAGGACUUGUGCACUGCGUAGAGCAGGGCCUCCCACCUUUUGUAAAUGCUCUGCUGGGUCCUUGGGCUGAGGAGGUUCUAUGGCUGCUUUAGUUAAGAGUGAACUUGCAAAGGCAUCAAAACUGCGCAUCCGUUAAUUGUGUGAGAAAUGGGCCAGGCUUGAGAGGAGGGAAGAACGUAAAAUUUUGCAAGUCCUGAUUGCAGUGUCAGUGACUAACUCCUGAAUUGGGUUUGGCUUUGUAUUCUUUUUCACAUUGGGGCUUUUAAAAUGACCUGGAAGAGCCUGACACAUCCCCAGUUGUUUUUUUAUUUGUUUGUUUUUUCUUCCCCCAGUAAAGAGCUGGCUUUGGCCCCACCUGGGUCUACACUGCCUGGCACACACAGUCACUGAAUCUGUGUGCCUAGAAAUUUGUCCCAGUGUGUAAAGUACAGGGUUCCUUCUUUUUGGUGGGGAGUGUUGUGACAUUAUGGUUAGGCCUCUGCUCUGCAGUCUUUGCUGCAGAUCUGCCCCUGCCUUGACUUGCAAGAUUUGACGUUUAUACAGGCAAAAAGUGGUCAAAAUGGUUACUGUGUGAUUUGUUUCCCAAGGUUCGAAAAGUCAGUGAAACUUUCUAAGAUUUUGCAUGAUGUAUUUAUUUUAUUUUAUUUUAUUUUUUAGAAAGUUAUUGUUGGCAAAUAAUGUCUUUUUAUACCAGGAAAUAGUUCUGAAUGACGUUGAAGACCUACCCUUCCUUAUUACUAUUAUUUUUUAAAUGAAUACAUGUUAAAGUAAUGA